CCGCCAUGAAGACUCUGGACAUCCGCAAGCGCGUCCGGGAUGCGCCGCACGACCUCGCGGACUUCUUGCACACCCUCCCGGACGACCACCCACUCCAGAUUGCGCUCAGAACAUACUCCCUUGCCCUCUCGCUCGCGCUCGGCCCCGCACUGCUCCCCUUCCUAACUUCGCGAAAGGCGCGUGCUCAAGGUCUUUCACGCGUCCUCUAUCUUCUUAAGCGCGAGCUUUCCGUCAACUCAUUCGCGUCGGCGAUGACCGUCGGGGUUGCCGGGGGUGCGGCCAUCCGACACGUCUGGGACCGAUGGGAGGAGUGGUCUGCGAAAAACGGCGGUCGUGGGACGGACGGUCCCCUCGCGAAGGUGCGAACAUGGCUGUCCUCGCUGACGGACACCCAGAAGACGUUCCUGUCGAAUAUCGUUUCCACCUCCUUCGCAAUCGGGCUGUUGCACUCGCGCCGGAGACAUGCUACCUCGGCCUGGGUCGGAAGGCCUUCGCCGACGUUGGACCUCACUUUGAUCGUGCUCGUGCGCGCGAUGGAUACUGUCGUGCAGUUCGCUCUGUUCAAACCUUCGACUAGUGAACGUUAUUUGCCCGCGGCUGUCAAGGAAGAGAAGAUGGCAGAUAGACGCAAGUGGACUACCCGACUGGACGCGCUGGUGUUCUGGGCGAGUAGUGCAAGGAUCAUGUGGUGCUUCUUCUACGAGCCGGACAGAUUGCCUCCUUCCUAUAACAAGUGGAUCAUGAAACUAGCCAACAUCGACCCUCGUAUUCUGACAGCUCUGCGCGCCAUCAGGUCUGGGAGCUUCUCGUAUACGAAAGGCUUCUCAGUACCCCCAGACCUUGCCACGUCGCUCUCAGCAGAUCUUGGUUAUCCCCCCGCUUGGGGUGACCCAGCGCAAGUACCUGCGUAUGGCGGGCCGGAAGCCGACAUCGCCUGGAAGGCUCUGGGUGUCUCCAACCGGCGUGGCCUUGGCGGCUUGCCCUGCGAGGUGGUACAUAGUGGUCUAGCGACUGGCUGCACCGCUAAUGCCGGAAUUCGCGGUCUGCAAGCCUUCGCGGAAGCCGUUGCGCUCUACCUUCCUGUCCACGUCCUGCCGAUUCUUCUCACUCGGCCCCGUAAGCUCCUCGAGAUCCCAAAUCUCAUCCAGACCCUGCAGAAUGUGGCGCGUAGCGCUACGUUCCUGUCGACGUUCGUCGCGGCCGUCUGGUAUGGUGUCUGCCUGACACGCACGUUGUUACUUGCGCGGCUUUUCCCUGGCAUCUCGCAUGACUUCUGGGAUUCGUCUCUGGGUUGCACGUUUGUCGGGAGCUUGCUCUGCGGCGCUAGCAUCUGGAUCGAGCGCGGCCGAAGGCGGGGUGAGAUGGCUCUCUAUGUUCUUCCGCGAGCGAUCAGGGCUUGUAUCUCAGAUCAGUGGGUGAAGAGCGGUCGGCCGAGUGUACGAUGGGCCGAGAGACUCGUCUUUGUCCUCCCACUAUCCACCAUCUUGACUGCUGCGGUCCAUCGUCCCGACACCUUACGAGGUCUGUCGAAAUGGGCGCUGGCGUUUGUUAUGAAAGGCCCCAACGCUGGAUUCUGGAAACGCCGACGGCUGGGCACCGACGCGCCGCCGACACCCGCACCACCCACCAGGGCACCCUCUCCGCCCAAUGACGGGGCCGGCUCGGCUCAAUAGGCGACCUCGGAUGGUCAUCCGACAUGGCAUACCCCACUUAACGAGGUUUAUGAUAUUAUAUGCGACCUGUAGCUAUGCCCUCCAAAGAUGUAGCGUGUGGUCAUAGAAGGAACAGCUAGCCACUAAUGUACCAGCACUUUCGCCGUCCUCCGCAAACGACCAGUCGACGCCAUAUGCUAGUGACGUAUGCUUAUCAAAGCGUUGAACGAUCUCAGUAGAAGAGACGGUGGUGGCGUUACCCUUCCCAGUGUCAAAGCGGACGACCUUGAAGCCAUCGUGCAUGCACGCGACGAGGAGGUCGUUCUUGCGCGUCUCGGACGGAUGCCACUUGACUCUCCAUGCGCCACUCCCAACAUCGACUUGCACGAGUGGUACGAGGGGUUUCCGGGUGUCAAAAAGACGGACGGUGUUGUCGUAGCUGCCGACCGCAAGGAGGUGCUCUAUGUAGGGGUGACAUUGGAUUGUCGUCACUCCCGCGUCGAAUCUCCUGUUUGUGAAGGUGGGCUGAUCCCCUCCCUGUCGCACAUCCCAGCCCUUCAUUUUGAGAUCAUCUCCGCCUGAAUAAACCACGUUCGUAUUCCAGUAGUCCCAGGCUGCGAUCCACGGCUCGUAAUCAUGCGCAUGCCAUGAGUCAGCUUCGACAAGCCCCUCGUCCCCUGGACGAAGGAGAGAGAGGGACCCGCUGGAGAGAGAGACGAUGAGGUCCCCAAGCCCCUCUGUUGGGAUCCUUCGAUUAGACCAAUCGAGAGACAGACAUAGCCUGUCGGAUGACGCGCACGAUAUAGACUGUAGUUGGUGCAGUCGUGACUCUUCAUUCCUGAGCUCAUGAAGAGUAACAUGCCCUUCCGAGUCUGCGAUUGCCAGGAGUGGUGAGACGGUAGGAGCCCGAUGACACCAUUUCAUGUCCAGUAUGGCGGGCAGACUUGUCUCAUGAAGAAAGGUGAGUUGGUCGUUUUCGUGAACUCGGAACAGAAGACAUUUCCCUCUCCUGACUUGCGGCUUACCACGGUGAGAAUCUAUGACACCCUCUUCAUCUGGCGUUCCUGGGCCGUCUAGGCUGGAAUCUUGAUAUUGUUCCAGUUUAUACGUCCCGCAGACGAAGAUAUCUCGCGCCGAGGGAUGAGGACAGAACUCCGUAGAGUCUGCAGGCCAUUCUGUAUCAAAUCCCGGCAUGCCAGGAGAAAUAUCUUCAAGGGAAUGAAGCUUUCACCGCUUUGCUAACGAACGAAGUUGAGGAAGAGACGAAUUUGUUCGUUCUCCAAGUCGGCUCGUCGCGGUUUCUCGUGUAGCGUGACCGAUCUGAGCCGAUCUUGCUCAGGACUGCCUGUGACGUCGCAGUGAACGGAACAAGAAACGCG